AUGGGGCGCUCCAUAUUCCGGCACCCUGCCUCGUACCUGAGGCUGAUGGCCAAGUACCGCGGCAGCCUGGCUGACAGCAAGGCCAACCACGUCAAGAUGGGCGUGGCGCUGCACUGGAACAAGGUGUGCGGCGACUGCUUUGACAUGCCGCACGUCACGAGCCACCAGCUGUACAACAGCACCUACCACCAGGUCUGGGAGGCGCGCCACGACCAGAUUGAGAAGCAGUUUGACAUCCCCAUGAUUCGGAGGGUCUUCCAGACGGCCGAUGUCCUCGGCAUCAGCCACUACGCGCCCGCCCCCAGCACGGGCCUCAGCGCAGGCGUGUUUGCCAUGCCCAUCGACACGACCGCCUACGAGCUGGCGCACUGGGGCGUCGACCUCAAGGGCCUCAUCACCAAGGGCGGCAAAGACUUCCUGUUCUCCGAGGUCGGCCUUGGCGGCGGCGACCCCGGGGACGAGCGCCCCGCCACCAGCCUGGCCGAGCUGGCCACCAACCCGCUCAACGGAAUCUGGGCGGUCUACAACGUGGCGCAGGACCCCUGGCGCAACCACAACUUCAAGGCGUACCGCCGCCAGUGGUUCAAGUCUCUCAUGGCGUUCCUCUACGGCGGUGGCGGCCCCCGCUACAAGGUGGACGCGGCCUUCAUCUGGAGCGUCGGCACCUUUGAUGUGGCGGCCAUCCACCCCAUAUCCACCAGCAGGGAGGGCACAUAUGCUGACUGGGAGGUUGUCAAGUGGAUGAGGUGGCUCUCCUCCAAGGUGCCCACGUGA